AUGCCUUCAGCACAUGGUUUCUCCCUGAGCGACUUCCAGUCGGACCUCGUGGGCCCGUAUGUCAAGACUUGCCAGCGCUCGCCUUUGAGCAGCUUCUUUGGUGAGACCGUGCCAUCAGACCUCACCACCUUCAAGGUGGUCUUCGAGCCCAUGCGACGAACUCCAACAUCCUUCGAUCUUCAGGCGUUCUUCACAUCCCCGAAGGGCAUUGCAUGCUCAGCGAAGCUCGCUGCAAUCGUAACCACCGAAGAUACUUCAGGAGAUAAUAAUGACGAGAUUCUUGCCAAAGUGGAAAAAGUCGCCAAGGGAGUUGGGCCGGAUUGUCUGAUGGCGCUGCAAAGCAUGGAGGGAACUCCCGCCGAAGCCCUGGCAAAGAUUCAAGCCGGAGUGGCGAACUCCCUGAAAUGA